AUGUUCCACUACUGGAAGUGUACUUCUGCCAUUACACAAUUUUCAAACCAUUCCUCUCAACAACAAUUACUUGUUCCUUCCUCCUUCAUUCGUUCAUCCUCAACUCGGAAAUAUUACCAUACAACUGCUACUAUGACUAGUACCUCAUUACCACCUUUGGAGAAUAAUCAUGUAACGAAUGAUAGUAGUACUCCUACUACUCACUCGGAGAAAGUCGUUAAACCAAUUUCCAUUCUCAUGAUUAAUGAUGUCUAUGAAUUCAACGAAUCGCCUGAUGAUGGCGUCGGAGGUUUUAUUGGACUUUUAAAAUUACUCAACAAACACAUUCGACAUGAAAGGAGGUUAGGACAUCCAACCAUUGUUACAAUUAAUGGCGAUUUUCUCUCAGCUGGUCUCUUGUCAAAUUCAUAUAAGGGUAAACACAUGAUUGAUUUAUUCAAUAUCAUGCCAAUUGAUUUAGUAACAAUUGGAAAUCAUGAUUUUGAUUAUGGUUUAGAUGUGUUGCUCCAAAGAGUGAGAGAAUCCAAUUUCAAAUGGAUUUGUUCCAAUGUAGAGUUAUUAGAUCAAUCAUUUAAGAAAUGUUGUGAAGUGAGUGCAAAUACAGUCGAUGCAGAACCACCUCCUGAAAGUGAAGUUUUACUUCACAGAAAGCAUGUUAUGACUUUUCCAUUGAAUAAUAACGAGUUGAGAGUUGGAUUCUUUGGAAUUUUAACUCCUCAAACCUCCAUUUUAACAAAUGGGCUCAAAAAUGAUAUGCAUCGAAUUAAUAUUCAUCCUGUUAUGGAAGUUGCCAAGAAGAUGUGUGUCGAGUUGAAGCAUAUUGAUAAGUGUGAUUUAAUCAUUUGUUUAUCUCAUUUGGAUAUGAAAGAAGAUUUAGAAUUAAGUAGCGUCAAGUACUUGGAUGUUAUUCUUGGAGGACAUACCCAUUAUCCAUUUAUAGAAAUUAAUAAUACCAACAAUACUCUCAUUGUUAAAAGUGGAUCAGAUGCCAAAUACGUUGGUAAAAUGUCGCUUGUUGUUGAAAAAUCACAACGCAAUCAAUAUCACACUAAGAUUUAUGUGGACAAUGUAGGACUUAUUCUCAAUAGAGACAGUAAUGAAACAUCUCACUUUGAACAAGAUGGAGAUGAAACGGUUUUAAAGAUGAAAAAUCUCAUUCAACAUUUAAAUUCACAAAUUCCUAAGGAUGCCUAUGAUGUUCUCGCUGUGUGCGAAAGUCCUCUAAGUUCAGCUACAAGUAAUUGUCGAUUUAGAGAAUCCACGUUUGGAAAUUUGGUUUGUGAUAUUCUCAAGGAAGCAUACAAUGCUGAUUUAGCUGUAUUCAAUGGCGGUGGAAUUCGAGGAGAUAAAACCUAUGCCAUUGAUUAUCAUAUGAAAGUUAUUGACGUUAUGAGAGAGUUUCCACUCAUUAAUGAGACGCUAGCAGUCACCAUCAAAGGAAAAUACAUUCGAAAAUUUGUCGAGUUGUGUUUGGCACCUAUGACUGAAUCAGGUGGAUAUGCUUCUGGACUCUAUCCACAAGUCUCAAAAGGAGUACAAAUUAUUUAUGAUAGAACGAGAGAACCCAAUCAAAGAAUUGUGUCCUUUGAGAUUAAUGGAAAACCACUAGAGGAUGACAAGUAUUAUAAAUUUGCAACUACAAAUUAUUUAUUAGAGGGAGGAUUAGAUGGAGAAAAUUGGUUGAAAUUCUAUACCUAUGAUAAUGAAGAUCGAAUUAAGAUUAAUACUGAUGACAAGUAUUACAUGACUAGUCUAGUCGAGGUCAUUAAGGAAGAGUUGAGAAAAAUGGGAAAAAUCAAUGUUUGUUUAGAGAAUCGAACGAUGGAUGUGAAUAGUGAACGAGAAGAGUCGUAA